AUGAGCAAAACUCUGGUUGUGUACUUCUCAAACUUUAAGUCGAGAGCAGGUGAAGUCGCCCACAAGAUAGCACUUGGGGUGCAAGGUGAUCUUUACGAGAUAAAAACCACCAAACUGUUCUACCAAGGCCAUUUGAACAGAGACGGCGUCCACAAAGAAAGCAAGGUCCCAAUUGUUCAUGACAUUGUUGACUUUUCACCGUACAACCCAAUUUACAUUGUCGGUGAAACGUGUGGAAAAUACGUAAUUGGUCCAGUGAGAACCUGGAUGGAGCAAAACAAAACAGCGCUUGUUGGGCACGACAAAAACUUUGUGUAUGUCAUUGUUGGGAAGAACUCGAAGAGAGCACUUGACUCGAUGAAAAAAAUCUUUGGCGAGCCAACUGACACAUUGUACGUUGACAAGUUUGAGUACCCUCUUGACCCGCAGACGUUGCUUUCUUCAAAUGAGCAAGUCAGUCAUAAAAAGGAAGGUUUUAAAGCCAAGAUCCAACACUUUAUACACUCUUGA